AUGCAACGUGAAUUUAUUACCAUUGAUGCUGAUCGACAACGACAAAUAACUUAUUUAACCAGUGAACUUUUGAAGGCUACUCAUCGAUUUAAUCUACGAGGUGCAAUUGAAUUUAUUCGUGAACGAAUAAAAUCCCGAUCAUCAUCGUCUACUUCACAUUCAUCUCCGAUUUCUACAAGCGUCAUAGACAAGCCGAUGCAAAUGUUAUUAAAUGAUCAUGAAUUUUAUCAUGAACUUUCACAAGCAGCACUUUUGAAUCAGAUUGUCUUCAAUGAUAUUCAACGUUCGAUGAUGGGAUUGUAUCAUUCAUUAAGUAAAUAUUUUCAUUCUCAACAGACAUGCGAAAAUAUUGUAAUUGAUGCUCGUUUACUUGCUUCCUCUGAACAGUUCGUGAUUGGUAUAUUAUUUAAACGAUUUAAUAUUCCAUCGAUAUAUAUUGAUAAGGACGGUAAUAUGGCUAUUUUUCCGUACAAUCUGAAUGAUAUAUCAUCUGGCCAGUAA